GUUGUGGCAGAAUUGUUUAUGCAUUUUGAGGUUAUUUUUCAUAACUCUGCAAAAAUAAAAAAAAAUAUCUUCAAAUGGUUUCUUUUUGUUAAUAGUUUGGUAUUAAAUCCUCUACUUUUCACGAUGCACAAAUUAAAAUCUUCACAGAGAGAAAAAGUUAAAAAAUUUAUAUCUUUCACUCAAACUGGUGAGAACACAGCCAUAUAUUGCCUUACUCAGAAUGAUUGGAAACUUGAUCUAGCUAGUGAUAAUUACUUCCAGAAUCCUGAUGCAUAUUACAAAGAACCGAGGAGUGUAGACAAAAAGAAACUAGAAUCUUUAUAUAACAGAUACAAAGAUCCCACUGAACCAGAUAAAAUCACAGUAGAUGGUAUCAUGAAGUUCUUAGAUGAUCUUGGUCUCCCGCCCGAAUCAAAGCUCGUCCUUAUCAUAGCUUGGAAGUUCAAAGCAGCAACUCAGUGCGAGUUCACCAGGGAUGAGUUUAUAAAUGGAAUGACAGAAUUAGGUUGUGAUAAUAUAGACAAAUUGAAGGCGCGAUUGCCCAGUUUAGAAAAUGAAUUAAGGGAUAAUUAUAAGUUUAAGGACUUUUAUCAUUUUACCUUCAAUUAUGCCAAAAAUCCCGGACAGAAAGGAUUAGAUCUUGAUAUGGCAAUUGCGUACUGGAAUAUCGUACUUAAGGGAAAGUUCAAGUUUUUGAAUUUAUGGUGUACCUUUUUGCAAGAAAACCAUAAACGAUCUAUUCCUAAGGAUACUUGGAAUCUUCUAUUAGAUUUUGCUCAGCAGAUCGCUGAUGAUAUGAGCAACUACGACGAAGAAGGUGCAUGGCCAGUGUUAAUUGACGAUUUCGUAGAAUGGGCAUCAACAAGAACUAAGGAAAAUCAGCCACACAGUACAAGUCAACUGGAGUAAUAAAUACCAACAAUUUUAUUUCUUAUAAGAAAAUUCAAAUGACGUUAAAUUUGUUAAUCGAUAAAAGGUAGCACUAAUCUUGAAAGAAACAGUUGAAAGGGUUUGAGAUUCUUUUUUUUUUCUUGUAUGACCUAGUGAUAGAAUGUACUUUGUCAAUAAAGUCGAAAAGAUUUUUAACUAAGUAAAGUAAAAUAAGUUUUUGUGUAUUUAUUUGAUUUUGCCUUGUUUGAAAAUUUUGCUUUUUGAAUUUUUAAAAACGACCGAAACGACCUUCGUUGACUACUUUUAAAAAUUUUCAACAUAUACGCAGGAUUAGUGCGGAAGAACACACCAAACAUUAGGAAUGUAUUUGAUAAAAAAAUAUUUAAUUGUCCAAAUGUUUAUUUUCCGCUUGUCAAGUUUUUGUUUUUGAGAAAAUUUGCUAACUUUGCUUCGGUUUUACUAUAAUACGAUUUUAAAUAUAAACUUUAAUAUUCAUUGUGUGACUAAUGGUUCUACAGCCCUAGUUGAACCUCGACCUUCUUCAAGUCGUUGUUUAGCCGUCUGCCAAACUCAGUCCAGGACUGUCCCGUGUGUGUCUAUUAAUUUCCAAUUUGCAUCGAUAUUAGAAUUCAUCUGGAAGGAUAGUUAUCAUUCGCUACAGACUCACAUUUAUCUGAUACCCUAUUUACAUUUUUUACCAAUAUGGUUCAACCGAUAAUUUUCUGACCAAUAAGUCAGUCCGAUAGAAUUAGUGACUUAAGCCUUUAGCUGUCGUACUUUCGGUGUGUGCUUAAUUUGAAAUAACACCUUUUCACUAUGUGAGAUAUGGUUAGACGCUCAGAAUUUAAUUCUCCAUGCUAAAGUCUUGACCAAUGAUUCUAUCUGGCACUCUGUUGUCAGAAACCGACAUUAUUAUUUGGUUUGGUCGUUGUUUAUUGCGAGGCCCAUAUUUUAGUUAAGAAAGUGGCUCACACUUCUAUUUCUCUCAGUAUGAGCAAAGGUCCAGUUCAUUAGCGUAUGCAAUAAGCCAUCAAAAACAAACCCAACUAGAGUAGUCUGUGCAAUAAAAUUGACAUUUUUCCAAUUUUAGCUACUUCAUUUACACCUAACUUGAGGUCUUUUUAAGUAUCAAAGCGAACGCUACGCAGCUUGUAGACACAGAGUAAUUAAUGUAUAUUUUCUGUCAUCUAAAUUAGAUGACGCUACCUAUCGAGAGCAGUCUAGGCAAGUUUGAAAUUUGCUGACAUGCCGUUAUUUGUUUCUAUCAGUCUGUCUUCGGUUCUAGGUCUACUUGAUGAGUUUUCAACAAAGACGAAACAUGUCAUUUCCUAGUGUGAACGAAGACAGAUUUAUAUGUUCCGAAAGGUACGCCGGGCGGCGGUUAGUACAAUUAAAUCUAGAUUAAAGGAAUUAAUAUUCUUCUGGGUAGAACCGACCAAUGCAUUACUGGUACUAGGAAUAGAAGACGGUUCUUCUAUGCCGUCGAUGGUGACGUGGUUUGGUUAGCGUGGGGAUUGGUGUGAACAUUUCUGACAGUAGGAUUUUGAUUGGCGAGUGGAGCGGACGAUAUUUUCUUUAUGAGAGAUCUCCAUGUCGCAGGUAAUGGUAAUUUCUAUGGCUUCUCGGAUAGUUCUUGGUUUAUAGAAGCGAUGGGGGUAUGGUUCUGGAGUUUUCAAAAUCAAUUUUGUGGCCUGUAUGAAGAUGGUGUUGACCUAGAGCUGAAAUUGAGUCGGAAUUGCGAACAGAAAUGGAAUUGUUCAUAAAUCCUAUUUUGAAUUCUACGAUUUGUUUGGCCUAUAUAGAAUCGGGGACAGUCUGCAAAAGUGUCAGUGACACCUUUGAUGUAAGGAAGAAAAGUUUUCGUAUGAUGAGGGUCUGAGUCUUUGGGUUGAGAUUAAGUGAGAGAUUGAUGUCUGUGGAUUCUCCUAUUGAUGUGAUUUUCGCGCUAAGCGUUUUGGAUCAGGGCUUGUUUUAAACUAGAGAGCUCAGCGCGUCUAAUUGCAUAAUUGCAAAGGCUUUUUUAUCUGGGGACAAGCGUAUUAAUGACUGAAAGAAUUUGUGAAGGCAGAUGAUGAGAUUUGGCACACAAGUAACGAUUGGUAUGAGUGAGUUUUCGGUAAAAAGGGUAAUGAAAACCUUGGUAUUGGUUUUUCCUUUAUGAUAACGUCGAGAAACGGUAGGAAUGAAUCAGUUUCCACCUCCAUUGUGAACUGGAUACUAAGAUGGGUUUGAAAAGACACCAAAGCAUCCCUGCCAUGGGGCCAAAUGACGAAUGUAUCGUCAACAUAUCGUAGCCAACAUGUGGGUUUAAGGUUAAUGUGGAUAGUGCUCGGGUCUCGAAGUCUUCUAUAAAGAUAUUAGCAAUCACUGGAGAUAGUGGGGAGCCCAUAGGGGUACCAUUUAUUUGUCUGUACCAUUGAUUUUGGAAGAUGAAAUAAGUGUUGGACAUACAAUGUUUAAUGAGAUAAGUGGUCUUGCUGGAUCCUGUGUUUAGUUUUCAGAAUAUUUAGAGUUUCCUCUAUAGGAAUGUUUGAAAAGAGUGAAACAAUAUCGAAACUUACUAGAAUGUCUGACGGUGAUAUAGGGUAUGGUUUAAGAAGUUUAAGAAAUGAAAAGAAUUUUGUGACCAAGGAAGAAGCAUUUUCGGCGAGAGGUUGUAGAGCUUUGGCCAAGUACUUGGUCAAAGGUUGUGUAGGGCAGUUCUAUGCAGUUACAAUGGAACAUAGAGAAAUAUCUGGUUUGCGAUUUUUGGGUAUGCCAUAUAUUAGAGAUGUUCUUGAAGACUAGAGGAAUUAGGAAUCUCUGUUAUUUAUUAUAGCCAUUAUUUACUACGAAAUACAAACUGAGAAAACUGUCAAAACAAUACAUAUAAACAGUUAACGUUCUAACAAUCAAAUAUUUGACAGCCAUGCUCUACCCUUUAUUAAUAUUAAAAUAAUUGUUGUUAUGUUUUAACUUGAUAAUGAAAUAUUUCAAAAGUCGUUGAAUUUAGAUAUAGGGAAAUUAUCCUCGUUAUUAAUGAAGAUAUGGUUAAUCUAUGUGCACUAGGAUUUUCCCAAAAUUUUCAAAAAAUUCGAAAUAUUUUGAAAAUUCUUCAUUUUUGUAUAGACCCAAAUAUGAAUUGUGUAAAAUGAUGCUUAGUAUUUCUAGAAAUUCAAAAAUUUGUGAGUUGGUGUUUAAACAUUAAUACCGCAAUAAAACAAUUCUUGAAGUGGCGGAUGUAAUUAAUAUUCCUAAAAGUACAGUGUGGAAUAUAAUGAAGUAUUACAAGGAAAUAUGAAGUAUUUUAGGUAGAAAAGGUAAAAGUCCAAGUCGUCCAAAACUAGUUCCUGAUAGUAAUAGUACAAGAAUAGACAAUAUUAGUAAAAGUUUGCAAUAAGGUCAAACAAAUACUCUAAGACAAGUUACAGCUAAAUGGAAUCAUGAAAGAGGAUUAAUUUUGUUGCAAGUGAAAACAUAAAUCUGUAUCUAAAAGUUUUAGAUAAAAUACAAAAAGUAAUCUUAUAAAGUUUUAUAAGGUCGAAUUUUAGGUAAAAACGGUAUGAGUGUUCUCUUAGUUUAAUACGUUUUAACAUAUUUUCUUCUAAUCAAAGGAAAAACCACUGUUACCAACAAAGCAAAAGCAAGCCAGACUGAUUAGGGCAAAAUAUCUACGUAGUUAUAUAGGGAUAUAUUGAGCAUCGUUGGCGUUAGGUUCUAAUGACAAUUAAUUUUCCGACUUACUCUAAUUAGGGUUUUUUGAUGGCUUUACAUUCGAAAACUGUUUUGAUUUUAGCAUAAUAUUAAAUUAAUAAAGAUUUGACAAAAAUACUGAGAGUUGACUUAAAUAUCUCCCAGUCAUCGAAUUAAUAAAAGGGGUUUUAACUCUCUAAUAUAUUAAUAAUAAAAUGGGAAGGAUGCUGUCUUAUAUUACAAUAUUAUGCUCCAUCGGGCAUUAGUCUUGAUGAAAUAUUUAAGAGCAUGCAUGCAAGACAGAUCAUUAUUAUACGUAAAUGAAGUUUUCCUUUUAUUUUAAAACUUUUCUUAGCGUAAAAGUACACGAUUUAAUAAAGAAAAAUUAAUACAAAUUAAAUUCUUUCGAAAAUGAAAUACAGAAAAGCGUGAUUUAAUAUGAUAUUCAAAUUUUCAAGUAUAUUAUGGUAUAAAUAUCUUUCAUCAUCAUUCCUUUGUUUUAGAUUGUGUACAUAUUUGUCAACUAUCGCGUUUUGUAGAGUUGUUUAUUCAGUUUAAACAUUACCCUUUCUUAAUGAAUCACUAUGUAUAUAAUUUGUACUAUACAUAUAUAUUAUAUGUAUAUGUUAAAAUGUACUAAAUAAUAAGCAGUUGUGUUUAAAAAUGUAUAAAAACCAUCUGAUAAAAUAAAAUUUUUCGAUAAGAUACAG